UUGAAUGCAACACAAGUAUCACCAAUUAUAUGCGAAAUGGCCAAUGCGAUUCUGCUCUAUCCGUUUUUCGAAACAUGGCACGAAAGACUUCGGUCUCAUGGAACGCGAUGAUAUCCGGAUACUUGAUAAAUAACAGGUUCGAUCUCGCACGCCAACUGUUUGAUAAAAUGCCUCAACGAGAUUUGGUUUCUUGGAAUGUUAUGAUAAGUGGGUGUGUUAGAAAUGGGAAUUUAGGUGAUGCUAGGAAACUGUUUGAUCAAAUGCCUGUUAAAGAUUCGGUUUCUUGGAAUGCUUUGUUAUCUGGGUAUGCUCAGAAUGGUUAUGUGGAAGAAGCUAGGAUGGUUUUUGAACAAAUGCCAAAUAAGAAUUCUAUUUCGUGGAACGGGAUUCUUGCUGCUUAUGUGCAGAAUGGGAGGAUAGACGAUGCGUGUAAGUUGUUUGAGGAGAAUUCGGACUGGGAUGUGAUUUCUUGGAAUUGUUUGAUGGGUGGGUAUGUAAGGCAGAAGAAGCUGGUUGAUGCUAGAUUGCUUUUUGAUAGAAUGCCGGUCCGUGAUGAAGUGUCCUGGAAUACCAUGAUUUCGGGUUAUGCACAGAAUGGACGGUUAUAUGAAGCUCGUAAGUUGUUUGAUGAGUCUCCGGUUAAAGAUGUGUUUACAUGGACUGCAAUGGUGUCAGGUUAUGUGCAGAACGGUUUGAUGGAUGAAGCUAGAAGAGUUUUUAAUGAAAUGCCUGUAAAAAAUUCUGUUUCUUGGAAUGCGAUAAUUGCUGGUUAUGUGCGGUGUAAGAAUAUCGAUGUUGCAAAGGAGUUAUUUGAUGUAAUGCCUGGUAAAAAUGUUAGUUCCUGGAAUACUAUGAUUACUGGAUUUGCGCAGAGUGGUUUUAUUGAUCGUGCUAGGGAUUUAUUCGAGAAGAUGCCUCGUCGCGAUUGCAUUUCCUGGGGAGCAAUUAUUACAGGAUAUGCUCAUCUGGGUCAUAAUGAAGAGGCGUUGAGGUUGUUCGUUGACAUGAAGAGAAACGGAGAAAAGGCCAAUAGGUCCAUAUUUUCAUGCAUUUUGAGCACUUGUGCCGAGAUCACCACGUUAGAACUGGGAUACCAAUUACAUGCUCAACUUGUUAAGGUAGGGCUCGGAUCAGGAUGGUAUGUAGGCAAUGCAUUACUGUCCAUGUAUUGCAAAUGUGGAAACAUAGAUGAAGCCAAUGUUAUAUUCGAAGAAAUUUCUGACAAGGACAUAGUCUCAUGGAACACUAUCAUCGCUGGAUAUGCACGUCAUGGAUUUGGUAAAGAAGCUCUUAGAAUUUUUGAGUCAAUGAAGAGAAGUGGAGUCAAACCAGAUCAAGUAACUAUGGUUGGCGUGCUGUCUGCAUGCAGUCACAGUGGGAUGGUAGACAGAGGCACACACUACUUUUACACAAUGAAUCGUGAUUAUGGAAUAACUGCAAAUUCAAAACACUAUACAUGCAUGAUUGAUCUCCUCGGUCGAUCAGGGCGCUUAGAUGAAGCCCAGAAUCUGAUGAAAAAUAUGCCCUUUGAACCAGAUGGCGCUACAUGGGGUGCUCUGCUCGGUGCAAGCAGAAUUUAUGGCAAUACUGAAUUAGGGGAAAAAGCUGCUGAGAUGGUUAUCCAGAUGGAGCCUGAUAAUGCCGGAAUGUAUGUCCUUUUAUCAAAUUUAUAUGCAGCUUCAGGGAGAUGGGCAGAUGCUGGUGUAAUGAGAUUGAAAAUGAGGGACACGGGGGUAAAGAAAGUCCCAGGUUAUAGUUGGCUUGAAGCGCAAAACAAAAUCCACACGUUCUCAGUUGGGGAUACCACCCACCCUGAGACCGUUAGAAUAUAUGGUUAUCUUGAAGAAUUGGAUUUUAGAUUGAAACAAGAGGGUUAUAUUUCUUCUCCUAAGUUGGUUUUGCAUGAUGUUGAAGAGGAGGAAAAGGAGCAUAUGCUCAGAUACCAUAGUGAAAAGUUGGCGGUGGCAUUUGGGAUUCUUACUGUACAAGGUGGACGACCUAUUCGUGUAUUCAAGAAUUUAAGGGUCUGUGCUGACUGCCAUAGUGUGAUCAAACACAUAUCAAAGAUUGUGGGUAGGCUGAUAAUUGUGAGAGACUCUCAUCGUUUUCACCAUUUUAAGGACGGUGUAUGUUCUUGUGGGGAUUAUUGGUGAUGAUAGUAUGAGUGUAACACGAGAGUUUCAGAUAAACAAGAAAUGCGAUUGGUGAGCAACUAAUCAUGUAGUGUUCUCAGGUGGUUGAUAGUUCUUCAGCUUAAUGCGACUACGUGCAGUACCAAAAUGGCAGAUGUUCGAUGGAAUGGUGCCUUUUGACAUGGGAUAUAUCUGCGAUUGAAAGGAUCAACAUAAAUGGUGGUUGUAGUACUAAUGCUGGUGAUGGAAAUGAUAAUACUUGCGCCUAAGUAUGACUCUACUUUAUUGCUCUACCUAACGAUAUUGCAAACAAAUUAUUGUAUCUAUUAACAACUUCUACAGUUGGAAGCUUCUAGCAACUCAAAGUGUUGAGUGUAGAAGAAAGUGAGUGAAGGAAGAUGGAGAGCAGACAACACUCUCUGAAACUCUAUUCUUUCUUCUUUUAAAGUCUAUCAUAUUAGUAAAUGUACCAAAUCUGUUAAUGUUCUUUCGAAUGUAUAUGCUCUAAUGGUCCUUGUGGUAUAAAGAUUGAGCAAGAUCCAUGGUUGCCCACAAGGGAUGCUCUUUAUGUGAGGUCACUCGAAGAAAUUAUUGUUGAACACUACAAACAUAUAAAUCAUUGCAAGCAUAGUCUUGAAUCUGGCCUCAACUUUCAUUUGACCACUACAUCACCUAAGGCUCAAGUGAAUCUCAAGAUAAACCCAAGAUCAACUAGCUAGUUGGAGGUGGAAGUACCACGCUUUGUCAUAUUUUUAGCAAUUUGGUAAUCGGAUAAAGGUAGAAUGCUAAAUGAUAUAUUGAAGUUAGAAAUCCCAUAUGGUUAACCAAGCUCUUGAUGUCAUUUGUGUUUGAGUUAAGAUUUUUUAUUGGUCGAUUUGUAUUAUAAUUGCGAAGUUGUUUAUAUAUAUAUAUGUCAAAUGAAGUUGGCAAAAUAUUUCAAGUUGAA